CACAAAAAAAAAGACCCUUCUCCAAGAAACGCAAAAACGGGGAGAGAUUCAUCAUCCAAUCUUUUUCUCAACAACACAAAAAACUGAAAAAGAAUUCCAAUCUCUCUCUCUCUCUUUUUUCUCCCAAUUCUUCAUCAUCCAACUCCUUUGCUCCUUCCCCAGGUUUUUUUUAUUUUUUUUAUUUUGAUAAUUUGUGGUUGCUGUGACAUAAAUAAAAGUAGGGGUGUUUGUAUAUAUUUUUAAUUUGUGGGUUUUUGAAUUUGUAAGCAGAAUCUGGGUUGUUCUGUAGCUCAAAGAUUUAGAUUUUUUUUCUUUCUUUUUGGUGGGUCUUUUGCUGUGUAUAUUCUGUAUAUUUAGCUUCUUCUUUCUUUUCUUUUUUUUAACUUUCUGGGGUUGGAUUUAGAGUAGCUUUUUGAGCAGUGGGGGUUGUUAAUUGGGGGAUUUGGGUUGAUGGGUCUGAUGGGUUAUGCUUAGUUUCUGUGUCAAGGGAUUUUGGUUUUUAUUGUUCUUUGACAAUAUAGCUGGAUUUGGUCAAGAAUCAUUCCAACUUGCUUUUCACAAGAUUGGAUUGAUAUAGGAUUAGGCUGAAAUUUGACCCUGAGGGUAGUGCUAAAUCUUCAGUUGUUGAAUUGUGAAACUUUAGCUUGGUUUAGAUUUUGUUUUGGGGUCUAAGAAUGGUUGAAUCAUUGGCUUCAACCUCCUUUAUUGGGCAUAGACCGCUCUUUGCCGGAGCUUUAGUUAAGGAUGUCUCCAGCAAGAGGAGGUCUGUGGAUAUUGUUUGGUUUCCUACAGCAAAAUGUCUUGGUAGAAGGGUUAUUAUGUCUCCUCCUUUGCCGAGGCUGGGAGUUGAUCGCUCUAAAAAUUCACCGAUCAAUGCCCUUGCAAUGGAGCUUGCGCAUGAGACAUAUUCAUUCAAGGAGGAUAGCAUUCCCCAGAAAUGGAAUUAUCCUGCGGAUACAGGGGUAGAUCAAACUGGUAUAGAUCGGAGGCCUGGUUUGUGGCCACCGGAGAAUAAAGCAGAUAUCCCUUCACUACAUAACCCCUUGCUUCGGCAAGAACGGAUGGGAAGUGGUUGGCUAGUUGCCAUAUUCGAGUGGGAAGGUGUUCUGAUUGAAGACAACCCUGACCUUGAGAAGCAAGCCUGGCUGGCUCUUUGUGAAGAAGAAGGUAAAUCUCCUCCCCCAGCUUUCCUUCUUAGAAGAAUAGAAGGUAUGAAGAAUGAGCAGGCGAUUUCUGAAGUUCUCUGCUGGUCAAGAGACCCAGCGCAGAUGAGAAGAAUGGCUGCUCGGAAGGAAGACAUUUACCAAGCUUUGCAAGGUGGAAUAUAUAGAUUGCGAGCUGGAUCAAGAGAGUUUGUGAAUGUUUUGAUGCAUUACAAGAUACCGAUGGCAUUGGUCUCUACACGUCCUAGGAAAACUCUUGAGGCUGCAGUUGGGAACAUUGGUAUUGAAGAAUACUUCAAUGUGAUGAUAGGUGCAGAAGAUGUUCAAAGGGGGAAGCCUGAUCCUGAAAUGUUUGUGUAUGCGGCACAGCUUCUCAAAUUCAUACCUGAGCGGUGCAUUGUAUUUGGUAACUCAAAUCAAACAGUGGAGGCUGCCCAUGAUGCGCGGAUGAAGUGUGUGGCUGUUGCUAGCAAGCAUCCUGUAUAUGAGCUUGCAGCUGCAGACUUGGUGGUUAGGCGCUUGGAUGAGCUAUCUGUGGUUGAUUUGAAAAAUCUUGCUGCGGUAGAAUCAGCUGAAUUUGGUGAAGAGCCAGAGUUGGAACUGGAGGAGGAAGAAGAAGAUACAUCUCCGUCUACCAGGGUAGCAUGUGAUGAUAAUUUCUGGUAACUCCUGUUAAAAUGUACAGAUCUUUAUUCUUCAUUUGAUUGAUGAUAUAGUUUUAUAUCAACAAUGCUGUGUAUAAGAAAAAAAGGAAAGUGACAAAAAAAAGAAAAAAAGAACAAAGCUAAAAUAUUUCAGGUUGUCUGCAUUAGACCACCUUGAUGUUAGCAUCUCUGUAUUUGCUGUAAAAUAUAAUAUAUGUUUACAACUUCAAAUA